AUGUUUUUUUGUUUUCAUCGAGACCAUCAGAAAAAUAUCAACCAUCAUCAAUUUGAAUCUCAUCAAGAUGCUAUUAAAGAAGGAUUCACAUUACAAAACUCUAGUUCUGGAGAACCAUCAGUUUGGAAUAUGCCUUAUCUUCCCAUCGAUCCUCAUGAUAUCGGAUGUGAUUAUGAAGCGGUUAUUAGAGUUAACUCUCAAUCUGGUAAAGGAGGUGUAGCCUGGUGUAGCUUAUCUUAUACUUGA